UCCUUUAGGGCAUAUCCACGCAUAUUCUACUCGACAAUCCUCUCACAAUUUGCUUCCACCACCUCUUCAACGAUCAAAUCUAACGUCGACAACCUUACUUUUGCAGAGUUCUUGAUCUUAUCUUCUCACCAUGUCUGACUUCAAUCCAGUUCAGAGAAGAAAUCCCCAAGAUGAUUCUUGAUCGGAAGGAGAUGGAGAACGCUCGCAGGUUUCAGGAACUGAUCGAUGCUCUCGACGAGGAGCGUCGAAAGGUGGAAGUCUUCCACCGCGAGCUGCCGCUAUGUCUGCAUCUCAUCAACCAAACGAUCGAGAGCUACAGGCAGCGGCUGAUGGUUAGAGAUCUCACUCUAAGCCAUGAGCUCGCAGAAAAGGAAUGGAUCUCCUUGAGACCCAGUUCCAUGUCUUCAGAAGUCUCGGGGAGUAAGCAGCAGCAUCCAUGGCCCAGAAUGGCGACGAAGAGCUGGGGAGACUCCCAGUCUUCCGACAAAGAACAGGAUGCAGCUGCACCGAUCACUGGACCUGCCGGUCGAGAAGGUGACGACAAUGGUGGCACAGACGGGGAGAAGAAGGAGAAGUUUCGGCAUAGACGACGAAAGAUGAGGCGAUAUUGGACAGAAGAUCUCCAUGAACGGUUCUUGCAUGCACUGGAGCAGCUCGGUGGCUGCCAUGCUGCAACACCGAAACAAAUCAGGAAACUGAUGGAGGUGGAUGAACUCACCGGUGAUGAGAUCAAGAGCCACCUGCAGAAAUUUCGGAUUCAGUCGAGAAGAACAAGCAGCAUGCAUCACAGCAGCAGCAACACCUCGUCUGCCGACUUUGUGGUGGUGAGGGGCAUAUGGAUUCCAACUCCGGAAUAUUCCUCGAUCUGCAUGGCAGCAGAUGAAGCUGCAGCACACCCUGGUCAAGUCGCCGACACGCCGGAAACCGAAAAGUUUGCUCCUGUUGCUAACGAGCAAGAAACCAAGUAGCCCUUCCGCAGGAGUUUUGCAUUCGAGACGAUGACUGCUAGCAGCAUUGCAUGCACUACGUUCUCCUCAAACGCAUUGAUAAGUACUGAGAUGUGUGACAGUGUUGGUUUGCUCACCCUAAUCUUCUUCUCAUUUCAUCUUC